CUGCUUGCCGCUGUUUCUGACAGAUCGCAAUUUUUCCUCUUUACUGGGCGGUCGCUGGCUGUCAGAUUUCGAAGAAGUGACGGCAGUCCUUUGGUGGGCAAAGUUAGCCGCAGCAAGACCGGCAAAACGGUGACCGAGUUUCUAGGCAUUCCGUACGCGGAACCUCCGGUCGGCGAGCUUCGCUUCCGCCUGCCAAGACCGAAAUCUCCUUGGAAGUUGCCUUUGAACGUCACUAGAUACUCCAAGUCUUGUCUGCAGACUCCGGACAGCUAUUUCAAGGGAUUCAGCGGCGCCGAGAUGUGGAAUCCGAAUACGCCGCUCGACGAAGACUGCCUUUACUUAAACGUAUGGGUACCUGGAAGACUUGAUGCCAAGCGCAAACUACCGGUGAUGGUGUGGAUUUACGGAGGAGGAUUUUGGUCAGGAACGUCGUCGUUAGACGUGUACGACGGUAAGAUUCUGGCCUCAGAGGAAAACGUCAUCCUCGUGUCGAUGAACUAUCGCGUUAGUGUGUUUGGAUUUCUGUACGUAGGCCUACAAGAGGCCCCUGGUAAUGCCGGUCUACUCGAUCAACUGGAGGCAGUAAAGUGGGUACAGCGAAACAUCCGGACGUUCGGUGGAGACCCUGAUCUUAUCACUGGAUCUGCCACUUCGCCAUGGGGCAUGGAAACGCAACAGACAUUGCUCGAGCGGGCACUGCUAAUUUCCGAGGCCUGCAACUGUAGCGUGACGAUUCGGGAUCCUAACCCGGAUUUCGCCGCUCUGGUUCGCUGCCUGAAGCAGGUUCCUGCCGAGAAGCUACUCGAGAACGAAUGGGUGACGUAUGAAUUUCUCGACUUCCCGUGGACACCGGUCGUCGACCACUACUUUCUGAUGGAGGACCCACGGUCCAUGCUGCAGGCAGGCAACUUCAAGAGAACCGAGCUGCUGGUCGGCAGCAACAUGGACGAAAGCGUCUACUUCAUCGUCUACUACGUUGACAAGAUCUUCAAGAAAGAUGACUUCUUCACAAAAGAAGAGUUCCUGACGUCGAAUGAACUGUUCGAGCAGGCGGCGUUCAUGCUGUUGCCACACAAGCUGCGGAAGAAUCCGAUCGCCUACCGCUGGGCCCUGGACAAGAUGCUUGGCGACUACUACUUUACCUGCCAUGCGAACGAAUUUGCCAAAAGCUACUAUCAGCAUGGCAGCCAGGUCUACUACUACUACUUCACGCACCGAUCCAGCCAGCAGACAUGGCCGAAAUGGAUGGGAGUGCUGCACGGCUAUGAGAUCAACUUCCUGUACGGCGAACCCCUGAACACCGUUGAUUACUCGUACACCGAGUCCGAAAAGCAGUUGUCACGCCGCUUCAUGCGCUACUGGGCGAAUUUCGGCCGUAAAGGAGACGUUUGCUGUCAAGAUGGUUCAUUGACCAUCCUUCCCACUCCCUACCCCCAUUUAGGUUAUUAA